GGGUUAACUUGUAUUUUUCUCUUUUCGCCCUAGACCUGAAAGAGGAGCGUGAAGAACUGAAUGAAAUACAAGAUAAAGAUCAGUACAAGAAACAUCAUGAUUUCAUUACUAGACAAACAUUUAGUUGCUCACAGACAGCAAAGACUUCCUCACAAAAAAGAGCUAAAAAGACUAGAUCUAGAGAUCAUUUCACCUGCAAACAGUGUGGAAAGAGUUUCAACCUUCAAGGAAAACUUAAGGUCCACAUGAGGAUUCACACUGGAGAGAAGCCUUUCAUCUGCCAACAGUGUGGAAAGAGUUUCAGUGAACAUGGAAACCUUAAAGACCACAUGAGGAUUCACACCGAGGAGAAGCCUUACACCUGCUCUCAAUGUGGAAAGAGUUUUACACAUAAAAGCACUUUUAAUGCCCACAUGACAAUUCACACAGGAGAGAAGCCUUACACCUGCAAACUGUGUGGAAAUAAUUUUGUUGGGAAAGGAAGCUUUAACAUGCACAUAAGGAUUCACACUGGAGAGAAGCCUUACUCCUGCCCUCAAUGUGGAAAGAGUUUUACUCAACAAGGAAACUUUAACAGGCACAAGAGAAUACACACUGGAGAGAAGCCGUUCACAUGCAAACUGUGUGGAAACAGUUUCACACGACAAACAAGCUUUAAAGGGCACAUGAGAAUUCACACCAGAGAGAAGCAUUAAACCUGCAAUCUGUGUGGAAGAACUUCCCAACAAAACUAAUCCUUAACUAUCACAU